GCACGAGUCAUCACCGUACCAAAAAUCUUCCUGCACUAUUAAUAUCUUUCACCUGCGAUAGUAUAAUAUAACACGCAUUAGCAGCGAGCCGCCCUCACUUGUCGAAUAUACCUGCAGGAAGCACCGUUCUCGUCUUUGAUACCCUUUCGACCACAGAUACGUCACCGCCGGCGGGCAAAAGCAGUUUCAACGCGUCAGGAGUAACGAGUCGAAGGACUGCCCAAAGGACCCCCUGUAUACUUUCAAGUCAGCAGAAACACCUCCUGCAGCGCCAUCCCAUCCGCCUUCCUCUUCCCCUGCAUUUUCACGCUUCAUUCAUAUACCCAACGGCCUUUCCUCACAAAUCCUCUCUCUUUUUCCACAAUAUUUUGUCUCCUCCUGCAAGUAUCCUAUCGGCAUCCCACAGGGACAUAGUACACCAUUCAACCGGCAACUACCAGCUACCACACCAUCAUGUCGGUGGUGCCCAAGUGCGACGAGACUGGCUGCACCGACAACGCCAUCAAGGUGAACAGCCGUUGCCGUUUCUGCAAACUGAGCUUUUGCUGGUCCCAUUUUGAGAACGAGACUUCUCAUCCCUGUUUGACCGCGUCGCACCCCGAAACAAAUAGGGACGGGUUCGAAUUCGAGAAGGAACCCGAGGUGUCUGAAAUCUUGCGGUACCUCGAUGUCCACGCUAUCAAACACGAAGUCGAGUCUAUAUUUCCUGGGCACAUUUGCAACUAUGUUGGCAAACCUCAAAUAUGGCAGGAGCUUCCACGUCUGUGUGGAAAUUACAAUUAUCAUAUCGUUUUGGGCUUUGCAGAUGGGCAACGGUGGGCUAUGCGGAUACGGUUAAAGCAGAAAAAAUACCUGCCCCCUCAGGCGCUGACGGCCAGCUUGGAGAGCGAGAUUGCUACAGCCCGGGCAUUAGAGGACGCAGGUUGUGCGGUACCGAGAACAUGGGAAAGACCUAAAGAUAGUCAAUUAUCCAAGUCCUUGGCAUAUUUCUAUCAAGAAUUCGUUCCUCAAGGUGACUGUACCAUAUAUACACUGUGGACAGAACCAUUUAACCAACAAACCAAGAUCUUCAUUCGAAAUUAUGCCAAAUUCAUGAUUGGCCUCGAAAAAGUCCACUUCAACCAAAUGGGCUCUCUCACCCUCACUGAAGACGGCGACGUUACUGUGGGACCCUUCAUCGAAAAGCGGACAACAAUUGACAAUCCUCCUUAUUUCCUCGGCCCGUUCCGUACUGCCAAAGAAGCUUAUCUUGCUAUCAUUGACGUAAGACUACAGCAAACGCUAAAUAGGUCUCGUUACAAACCUUCAAGAGAACUGUUACAUUACUUGGUAUUAUUAGAAGUACGGUCGUUGGUCAGUAAUUGUGCCGAGCUGGACAAGGGUCCGUGGUAUGUUCGCCAUAAUGAGGAUGACACAAACUGCAUACGGGUGACAAGUGGUGGGGCAAUCACUGGGAUCAUUGACUGGAAAUGGGCUACCCUCACGUCCAAAGGCGGUGCAUUCGCUGCCCCAUUCUGCUUUCCUGACGACAAGUACUCUGAAGGCCUAAACGCCCUCGGUGUCCGCGAGCUCGCCCUGAUUGAAGCUUAUAGAGAUCUAGGCCGACCCGAGUUGGCUGAUCUCGUUCGAACAGGUCGAAAAUACCACCGCCUAUUCGACGUCCUCUUCCGCGAAUGCGUAACCCUCACAACGCUCAACGCUCUCCGUCGAGCGUUCCUUGGGCUGCCUGAUGGGAAACAAGGGUUACCACAGACUUUGAAAGAGUGGAUACAGGUUGCGAAGCAGAAUUAUAGCACGGAUGAGCAUCUUGAGACGAUGCUCGCGAGGAGCGAAGAGUUUGUGAAGAACAGCAAUCAGUCCGCGAUGUACAGUGAGCAUUGGGGCUUGAAGUAGAUGGGAUGAGGAUCGCAGGACUGGAAAGGGGGGGGAGUUCAGUGGUGUGACAACGAUAAUGUUUAUGGGCUAGGAAACUUCUCACGACGGAGUUGAGUAACCAGCGGUCGGAGGUUGAAGGAGAUAGUUUGUUCCUUCACAUAUAAAUCUUUUCAUGAUCCGCAUGACUUUUAACGUAUAUAGUCUUAUUGUCACAUAUCACAUAUUAGAGCGUGGUCUACGCUCUUGCGACGUAUUAUAUGAAUCUUUCACUUUAC